AUGGUCUUCCUUGGAUGUUUGCAUUUCCUAAAUGCAAUAGAGUUAUGGUUAAAUGUUCGUUUGAACAAGAAAAAUGAGCAAGAAAUGAGCCUACAAAAUAUGAAUCAGCCUCUUACUAAUGACCAACUUAACAAAAUUGCUGAAGGCAUAUCUGUUUUUCUUCCUGGGGUCCUAGAAAAUGUACUUUCUAGUACUAAAACUAAAUCCCACGAAGGAUCUAUUCAACGAAAGCUCUUCGUUGGUAGUCUCGGAUGUAAUACUACAUCCGAGACUUUGCAUCGGUUUUUCUCAGCCUAUGGCGAGGUCGAAGAAGCUGUUGUCAUUUUGGAUAAAUAUGGUAUAAGCAAAGAGUAUGGUUUUGUCAUUUUCAAGCAUGUAAAGAGUGCGCUAAUGGCACUCAAAGAGCCAUAUAAGAGGAUUAAUGGAAAGACGACAAUCACAAAGGUUGCUAAUUCAGGAGCCAGAGACAGAGAGGAUGAGUCUUUACGUACAGUUUAUGUGGCUAAUGUACCACAUGACAUGUUACCAGGUAGAUUGUUGGAAUAUUUUUCCUCUUAUGGUGUAGUAGAAAAGGGUCCUUUUGGUUUCGAUAAAGAAACAGGAAAAUCAAGAGGUUGCGCUAUUUUUGUGUACAAAACACUAGAAGGGGCUGAAACAGCAAUUUAUGAACCUAUCAAGUGGGUCGAUGGACUCCAUUUAACGUGUGAAAUGGCCCUCGGGAGGACAAAGAAAAAACCCCGAGUUAGUCUUAACUCGGGGUCAUUCAAUUUAAAUUGCCAUUACCAGAAUCCAAGAUCAAUGUUUGGUGGUGGUGGCUCGAGACCAGAAGUGUCACAAGUUGGAGUUCAAUAUGCCCAGUUUCAAGGCAAUAAGGACAUAUAUCCACAGAAUUGUGAUUGUGGCCUAGUUUCUAAUUGUAACAUUCAGGUUCAGGGCUUAUCGCCAACAGUUAUAGGUCGCAACCACAUUGGCUCUGGGCUUUGUUCUAAGUUGUCUCAUGGCGAUUACAGUCUUUGGUCCUCGGAAUUUCCAAGGCAUAAUCCAGUAUGGUUUUGA